AUGGGUUUGCGAGGCGUUGUUUUUUUCCUCCAGUGUUACCUGAUGCUGGCAGCAGCCAUGUAUUUUGAUCUGGCAGAACAGGAGGAGAAAUGCAUCAUUGAGGAGAUUCCUGAAGACAUGCUGGUGACGGGCUAUUUCAUGUUGGAGCCCUGGAAUUUGAAGAUGAAUACCAACUCCCCUCACCUUGGCGUCACUGUGACAGUACGAGACCCAAACCAUGAGGUUUUGAUGUCUAAGCGUUAUGGAAAACAUGGUAAAGUCACCUUCACCUCUCAUGCAUCCGGUCAGCACUUCCUCUGCUUCCAAACCAACUCCACCAGGUUCUCCGUCUUUGCUGAAGAGAGGAUGAAGCUACAUUUGGAUGUUCAGAUGGGAGAGCACUCCAUUGACCCCGGUGUUGAGAAAACCAAAGGCGACCUGCAGACGAUGGAGAACAGGCUCAGACACCUCAUAGACCAGAUGAUGUACAUCACCAGGCACCAGGAGUACCAGAGGGAGAAAGAGGAGACGUUUCGUCAGAUCAGCGAGGACACCAACAGCAGCGUGUUGUGGUGGGCCGUGGUGCAGACCUCCAUCCUGCUGCUGGUCGGUUUCUGGCAGAUGAAGCGCCUCAAAGACUUCUUCGUCGCCAAGAAACUGGUCUGA